CCAUUGUACGUUGUGUAAAGACGCACUCGGUGAAGCUCAUUAUUUUUGAGGAUUUAGGGGCUCCUAGGCCCUUCAUCAGCCACCAGCAUGUCAUCACCCAGUGCAGGAAAGCGCCGAAUGGACACUGAUGUCAUCAAACUUAUUGAGAAGAAGCAUGAGGUAACCAUGCUAAAUGGCCUUAACGAAUUUUGUGUCAAGUUUUAUGGUCCAAAAGGCACUCCAUAUGAAGGGGGUGUCUGGAAAGUCCGUGUCCACCUUCCUGAACAUUACCCUUUUAAAUCUCCAAGCAUUGGCUUCAUGAAUAAAGUUUACCAUCCAAACAUAGAUGAAGUAUCAGGCACUGUUUGUCUGGAUGUCAUAAACCAGGCCUGGACGGCUCUGUAUGAUCUGUCAAACAUUUUUGAAAGUUUCCUACCACAGCUGCUAACUUACCCUAACCCGAUUGAUCCUCUCAAUGGUGACGCUGCAGCUAUGUAUCUCCACAAACCCGAAGAGUACAAGAAGAAAGUAUCAGAUUAUGUGAAACGAUACGCAACGGAAGAAGCGCUAAAGGAACAAGAAGCAGCCCAAGCCGACUCCUCAGACUCAGAGUCCUCCAUGUCAGACUUUUCCGAAGAUGAAGCACAAGACAUGGAGCUCUAACCAUCCCAUUCGACACCCCCACCCCCAUGCCCCUAAUUAUCAUCAUCUCUUUUUUCAUCUCACCCCUCCUUCCUCCCUCAUUCCUCUUUUCUCCCCCCUUAUCCUGUUCUUAUAACAUCAUCUUUCCUUGCCUUCAUUUAUCAUUACCCUUUCUUCUCUCUUUAUCCUCCCUCUCCAAAAUCAUUGUCCUCUCUUCCUCACUAUUCACUCCUUAUUCACUCCUCUAUCCCCUUCACUCCCCCACUCCCCCCUCCUCCUCACCUCGUGCUCCAGGCUCACUGCCAGCUGCUCAUCCAAUCUCUCGCAGUUGUUCUCUAUGGUGCCGCCAGCCCCUCAAAACCCGAGAGGAAAUGAAAAGGCUGUGUCUCAUCUGUUUGAGGGUAUAGUAUCUAUGCUUUCAUGUAAAAAGAUAAAAAAGUCAAGGUUAAAGGAAGUGUGUAAUAAGCCGUGAGAUGAGGAAAGAAGAUAAAGAGAAAUGAUAAGAAUAUUACAUAUAAGAAAGGGAUUGAAAGAGGGAAAAAAAAGGAAAGGAGAAAUGAACAUAUAUUUAAAUGAUUACUGUAGCUUUUGUAUAUAUACUGUCUUUACUAAUGUACAUAGUCAAGCCUCUCCUCUAACUUUUUGAUAAUGAACUUCAUUAUGGUUAAAAUGAAAGUGAGAAGUUGUUUUUAAAGAGGAAUUUUGUUAUCACAUCAAUGAAAACAGAUGAGAUAGCCUACAGUCAUAGAGAGCAUGUAUAGGUUUCAUUUGUUCUUCCAUGAAACAUUCAUUCCAUGUUCAAAAUUACAGUGGGAAAGGCAACUAAGGACUUUGGAAAUUUUUUAUUAAAGUGAGAUUCUAAUUUCUGUAGUUGGAAACUUUCAAAAUGUGGUUUGUUUAAAAUAGUGUAAUAGAACAUUUACUAAUUUGGCCUUUUUUACAGUUAAAUUUUUUCUUUGUUUUGUACUGGUUGUAUUGAAAAGGAAACAAAACUCAUUUGAUCCAUUGAUUUUCCAGAUCAUUGUGUCAGAUGGAAAACCUGACAGGGACUAUUAUUUAACAUUUUUUUGGCAAGUGAAAUGGAGGAGUCUUGUUAUGAUUUGAGUAUCAUGUUCUCUCUGCGAGGAACACCAUUGAAGUAACAUUAUCCACAAGUCUUUUCUGGUGAACUCUAAGCACAGUAAAUAUGUACAUGUGAU